AUUAUUUCCAGUUUGCUUAGAUCGAUCGCCACAAAUUCGCUUGCAUCGACAUUUUCCAAUCAAUAAAAGCCCACCACUCUCGAGUGCCUCAACCAGUUUUCACUGAUUGCUCGACGAGACACCAGCGAAACUGUCGCGAAGAUGAACAAAUUUACGGUGAUUUUUGUUGCCUUAGCCCUUUUGGGCGCCGUUAAUGCUUACGGCGGCGGCGGCGGCGGUGGUAAAUACGGUGGUGGUGGCUAUGGACCAGGCGGCGGCGGUGGUGGCUUUGGUCCAGGCGGCGGUGGCGGUGGCUUUGGUCCAGGAGGUGGAGGCGGUGGUGGCUCUGGUGGUGGCGGUGGCCAUGGUGGAGGCGGUGGAUUCGGACCUGGAGGCGGUGGUGGUGGAUUCGGCCCCGGAGGCGGUGGUGGCGGUUUUGGACCAGGCGGCGGUGGCGGCUCUGGCGGUGGUGGCGGCUCUGGUGGUGGUGGUGGCCACGGUGGUGGUGGUAGUGGUGGACACAGUGGUGGUGGUGGUGGUUUCGGACCAGGUGGUGGUGGUGGUGGUUUCGGGCCAGGCGGCGGUGGUGGUUUCGGACCAGGCGGCGGUGGCGGCUCUGGCGGUGGUGGUGGCUCCGGCGGUGGUGGUGGCUGGGGUUCAGGUGGCGGCUUCGGCUCGGGCAGUUCUGGCGGUUUCGGUUCAAGUGGUGGCUAUGGCUCAAGUGGCGGCCAUGGUGGCUACAAAAAGCAUGGCUAUUAGAUUUAAGGCGCUAUCUUUAUUUUGCUGUGAUUCUUUAACUGUGAAAUAUGUACAUAACUUUCGUUUCGGAGAAAUCAUUGGAUAUGUUUGAUGAAAUAAAUGUCUUUUUAUAUAACUA